GUGUCUUUUCGAAAUGGAAAACGUAACACCGUCAGGAACCACCGAGAACGACGGGCCGGCGAGUAGCCAACUGGAACGGCAGAUUUUAGCGGUGUUCUUGGGUCUCAUCGUGGUGCUGGGUACAGUUGGUAAUAUGAUAGUUAUACUUGCAGUUCUCCUGUCCCACAAACUGCGUACCAAAAUGAACCUGUUCGUGGUUAAUCUGAGCUUUGCCGACUUUCUGACAAGUCUUCACCUGGUGUGGAUCAUUGUGGCCUUCCUGAGUGAGGAUGGAUGGCCGUUACCGGACGAGCUAUGCGUUUGGUGUGGGUUUGUUCUCAUCACCUGCAUCGGGGCUAGCGUCUACACCUUAGCCUGUAUAGCCAUCAACCGUUUAGUUUUGAUCCGUUAUGGCCAAGCUGCCUAUCGUAUCCUCUGCAGACCUGUCAUAAUGAUUGGUAUGAUCGCAACCAUCUGGACCAUUCCGCUCUUUAUGGCAUCAAUACCUCUCAUCGCAGACUUUGGAGAACUAGGUUACAGCAGCAGAUACAGAACUUGUCUAAAAAACCACGCUCAUAAAUACGCCAAGGCCUACGACAUUCUCCUCUCCCUUACUUACUACCCAGUCUCCACGGCAGUGAUAAUUUUCAGUUACUUUAAAGUGUUUCUGUAUCUCCGCUCCCGCGUCAAGAAACUCGCACCGGGUGUUGCCGAGGCCACAGUGUCAUCUGUGAUGCAAGAGACCGAGCUUCGGAACCGGCAGGGGCAACAGGAGGCUCGACCGAACCUCCGCGUUAGGCUGGACAAACGACAGGUGCAAGUCACCAAGAACAUGUUUUACGUGGUGUGUCUCUUCUUUAUGUGCACAACGCCCUACGGUCUCACCCUCCUGUGUGACCAGCAAGUUUGUCUGCGUCUUGCCUCGUACGCCGCAGUUAUCCUGUCUCUCAACAGUUGUAUCAACCCCGUUGUGUACGCCACUAAACAUCCCGAUUUCAAGUUGGUGAUACGCUGCAUCUUAAUGUGCCGAUGGAAGAAGAUCCCUCAGCGCGUCAAGUUUUUUGGUGACUCGUGAAACAUAACAUGCCGUCCAACUUCGUCAUUCAGCCUGUCGACUCUUAGCAAAUGUCAAAAAGAGGUUUAACUUCAGGCCGCUAUCAGGCCUCGUUUUAAUUGCCAUUUACUGAAGCCAGAGACCUGAUAGAUUAUGUCAACUUAUGUCCAAUUAACGAUCUGUUUGAUGCUAUAUAUACACAUCGCCGGUCGAGCAUAUGAAAGCAUCAGUGACGUUUAAGAUCACUUUAUUGAGGCAUACAACAUGUUACGUAUAAUUAUUUUUAGGCCACAGUCUCUUACCAUUUUCCUAUGAGACAUAGCCGGAUUUUGUUGUCUAUGUUACAAUCGGGAUCCUAGACGUCAGACAGAGAUAUUUUCGUAAAGUGUUCAAUAACAUGUUCGUAUAAUAUGUUCAGUCAAAUGUUCUA